AGGUCACAUUAUGAAAUUGUAGGUCUAAUGGAAGAUCAUAUCUUUAUCUAUCCUUUUUUUUUUUUCAUUUGUCAUGCAUUCACACUCUAGAAUGCAAUAAAUGGAUUGAAAAUACUACGUACUUGGACUCCUCCCUUUACCCCACCAAUGACAGAAUAUUCCUUAUUUAUUCUAGCCGUUUUUGAUUGUUGGGAUUCCCUGAUUGUUAGGAAAUUGUUUAGCCGUUAAUCCCUUGAUUACAGCUAACUGUUACACCCCUUGAUUAUUGCUCUUGACUGACCAAGUUAAUCUGGACAGUUUUUUGGCUAGGUUCAUCCUUUGAUUAUGGAGUAUAACGGGUAGCUGUUUCGGCCUUAAUUAUCUGGCCGUUUCUUCCUCCUUCCCUGCUGACCGUUGCUCCUCCUUGCUGCCUAUAUAAGCUCAGUUUCUCUUCAGCAAAAAUACAAAGAAAAUCAUACCUCUCUCUUCUCUAAAAAUACAAAACACUGUUUUUAUUUUCUGGACAAGUAUUCUGAAUUCCAGUCGGGUUGAUUACUUAAGUUGAUUAUGUUUUAGUAAUUUUCCUAUAUAAUUAUUUCAGGAAGUAAUCUUGAUGAAGAGCAUAAUGUAGACUUGUUGGAAAUGCAUGCUGACAUUGAGGGAUUUCCUGCUGUCGAAUUGUACUGUGAGGCUGGUCUCACAGCUUUAUAUCUAAGGAAAAUGGUCGACCUACUACAACAACUUGGAAUGCCUCAACGAGUUUUUGUGAGCAUAGAACAGAACUUUGUGACUUACCAUGUCGGAAAACAUGCACUCUGGGCUAAGUUUGGAGAAAAUGGGAUUAUUGGAACCAGGGGAUUGGGAAAUUAAAAGGGAAGAUACAUCGAGGAAUGUUCUAAAUCCCUCAUUCGCAAGCCAUGAGAAAAGCAUCACAUGUGGCACCAGGUCUUGUAGUGUCUUUUCUUGGAACACCAGCUGAUAGUAUCAUGAUGCAAUUUGGCCUAAACGAAUCCAAUACACUCGGUGAUCUGGUGUUCAUCUACAAAGCGGAAAAAAUUGUGUUUAACUCUCAGGACAAGAAAGAAAGUAGCUCUGAAGAGGGAGCUGGAAGUGGCUCGGAAGAGGUGAAUAUCAGUGACUCUGAACAUAUGGAUUUUCAGCCAGAUGAAUUGGAGUACUUAGGAUUCAGUGUUGGCCCAUCUGGCAGCAGCUUGGCUGAAUCUUCAAAUCCGAUCCCAGAAAAAGUCAUCGACUUCAAACUAAAACCAGCAAGCAGACUGCUGAACUCAGUUUUUGCUAUAUCUAACAGUGAAUUCAACCCAACUGGUAUGGGAAGGGUGGAUAUUGCUGAGAUAGGUUUCGAGAUCACAGUUCGCAACACUGAAACUGGAGUUCCUGCUAAUCUUCACUUGAACCCUUCUGGGUUGAUCGACUUCCACUGCAGCAAACCCAUUGUUGGCAAAUUCAUUAAUGUCAAUAACAUCUUCCUAGUGCUGGUUGGUGUUAGUCAUGAUGAUGAUAUUGUUACCAUCUUUCAUCUUGAUGGCUCUGAUGAUCUGACCUUCAUACUAGGAAGCAGUCCUGAUGAAGAGUACAAGGUGAAAUUGUUGGAACUUGAUGCUGAAGUUGAGAAAAUUCCUGACAUCACAUUGUUCAGUGAGGCUGUUCUCACAUCUGAUGUUCUAAGGAGAAUGAUCACUCAACUCGAAGAAACCGGAAUAACUCAACAAGCUUGUUGGAACUAGUGGAACGACACCAGAUAUGAUUCAUCGAGCAUGGUUCAUACUUCAUCAUUUGCAAGCGAUGAGUCAUGCAUCAGAUCUGGGACCAUAUCUCGUAGUGUGUAUUCUUUCAGAACCAGCUGAUUCUGUCAUGAUUAGCUUCUGCUUCAGAGAGCUCGGUAAAUUAGUGUUGAUCUACAAAGCAGAGCGGAUUGCCCCAAACUGUCAUAAGCAGAUAGGAAGUGGCUCUCAUGAGGAGACCAGAAGUGACACUGAAGUGAUUUCUCUAGCACCAGACAAGGAACUACAGAGUUUAGAAAUCAAAUUUCGUUGAUCUGACAACAUCUGAAUUGGUUGUGAAACUUGUGAUGUAUAGUUUCAUACUUCAGAACCUCAAAUCUAGAAUGUAAGUAGUUUCUACUAGGCACUGAUUAACUAUAGUGAACGUUGUAGGAAUGUGGAAAAUACUGUGAAAGUUAGCCUGUAAUACAUGCUUGUAUGCUAUUGGUACAUUGGCUUGGUUACAAUAACUAAGAAUGGUUUAGCUGAUCAAGUACAUGAUGUGCUUGCUUUAUUUGAAGGUUUUAGAAUACAGUAUAGUUCUGCUUGUUCUUGUUCUAGCUGUCAGAGUCAUUUUAGAGUCCAAAAUUGCUCAGAAGAACACAACUUGUGAGGCAUCUGUAAUUUCUGUUUAGUGUAUAUUAUGCUAUCCUGAAAGAGCGAGGGCAUAGAA